CGCUCCGCGUGGAGUUCCCUAGGCGUGCACUGUCACGGUGCCACACCGGACCACUUUCGCUCUGUUGGCUGGGAUCGGUCCCUCCUCCUGGCGGGGCAGUUGGCGAGAGCCGGGGAGAUCCGGAAGUGCGGCUGAUGGAAACAAAGUCCGUGCCGGUACACGUGAAAGGCCGAGGUGCUGCAGAGUGCGGGCAGCGACACGGAGCCGCAUCGGAUCCGGACCAUGCCCAGAGCAGGGACGCUCCGCGCUGAACAGGGACACGACAAUGAGCUCGGAUCUUUAGCUGAAGACAGCUCCCUGUUUCCCCCCCGUGAAGCGAGGUGAUGGCCAUCACACACGCUGCAGCGGAGUACGUCUUCUCGGACUUUCUCCUCAAGGAGCCGGCCGACUCCAGACUGAAAGCGGUGAGGUUGGAGCUGGCCGUGGACAAGCUGGUGACCCUGGUGUCGGCCGGCCUGCCUCUGCUGCUGAUCUCCCUGGCCUUCGCGCAAGAGAUCUCCAUAGGUAUGCAAAUCAGUUGUUUCUCUCCAAGUUCAUUCUCCUGGCGACAAGCAGCUUAUGUUGAUGCUUACUGCUGGGCCUCACUGCAUCAGCCUUCCCAUAAGAAUGAUUCGGAGCAUUUACCACUGUGGCUUCAUAAGGUUUUUCCAUAUGUACUCCUGCUGGUGUCUAUUCUCAUGUAUGUUCCAGCCUUGUUCUGGAGGUUUACUGUGGCCCCUCAUCUGUGUGGUGACUUGACCUUUAUUAUUGAGGAGCUUGACAAGGCCUAUAACCGUGGAAUCAGAUUAGCACAGCACAUUGUCAACACCAGUGGAUCAGACACCCUCAGCUGCUUUGAAUCCUUUGGAGAACAAAGUGGUUCCAAGGAGAAGAGAGAGAAUUUUUUUCAGUUUCCAAUUGUGGAGCGUUAUUUGAAAUCGAAAGAAGAUUCCUGCAGCAUGUUGACAAUGUAUCUUAUACGCAAAGGCCUUGCUCUCUCUUUUCUUGUCUUUGCUUGUAUCUACUUGGGAUAUUACAUCUCUCUGACCUUCCUUACAGAUGAAUUCAAAUGUUCAAUCAAAACAGGCAUUUUGGGAAAUGAAACAAACAUACCAGAAUUUUUUCAGUGUAAGCUUAUUUCAGUUGGAAUAUUUCAACUUCUGAGUAUUGUUAACAUUGCUGUGUAUAUCAUCCUCAUCCCAGUCACAAUGUACAGUAUGUCUUUUCCUCUAAGAAACAACCUCACUUUUCUUAAGGUCUACGAACUUCUACCACAGUUUGAGGUGAUCAUGGUUCCAAAAAGUUGUUGGAAUGACUUAAACCUCUACCUUCUAUUUUUGGAAGAAAACAUUAGUGAAGUGAAAUCUCAUAAGUGUCUCAAAGUAUUGGAACUCAUAAAAACGAAGGAAUUGCUGGAGCCUCAAUCAGUGACGGAGGCAAUGUCGCGUUUAAUAGCCCUGGGACAAGUCAAGUCAGAUAUGAUAGAUGGCUUGAUCAAAACUAAGAAAGCUCAGAGGAAAUCAGAGUCUGAUGCAGAUCUGAAUGCAACACAACUGAAAGUUAUAACCAAGCCGGAUUCUAUAGAUGAUGGCACCAGAUCUGCUGAUGAAGAAAGGGAUGAGCCCUCAGCUGUAAGACAAAGACUUCUGGAAUCUCAGACCUACAGUUCAAAUUGUUAAGAUGUAUGGGAUUUGACUGUGUGCAUUCUUUUGCAAAAAAACAUACUCACCUCAUUCGUUUGUGACAGUAUUAGCAAACUGAGUAUUUAUUGGAGGUUUAAUAUGCUGUAACUUUAUUCCAGUAUUUAAUUUAAUUGUUUACCUGGGAGUGUGUUCAUUCUUAAAAUAGGUGUUUUGUUAUUUUUGUAUUUCUGACAUUUUUAUAAGUUUGUGAUGUCAAUGUUACAGUAAGAAUAUUGAGGAAGCUGAAAAGACAACCUGGUUAAAGUUUGCCAGGAAACCGAGAACUUAAUUCAACGCAGACAAUGUAACAUUUAAAAAUGUUUUCAUUUUUUAAAAGUUUACUGACAUGAAUGAAAUUACAUCAUCUCUAAUUUCUGAAAAUACUUGAUAGAUGGUGAGCGUUUGGUUUAGAGGUAGAGCACCUACCACAAGUAAAAGUGAACAAUGGAAUAACUAUUACUAAAAAAGUGAAACCAUAUGGAAUUUGAACUCUUUUGUUGUAAGUGGCUAAAGGAUCUCUCCCAUAAAACACUUAAGUUACAGUCUUCCUAGGAAAGGCAAUAAUAAAGGAACUACCUUGUUAAUAAUGUAGAAAAACAAACUUUAGAGGCCAAAUAUAACUUGCAUACUGGGAGAAUUUUGACAACAUCUCUCUAAAUUACAGGGAUAUAUGAAAACUUGAAGUAAAACUUUAUUGUAACACUGCAAGAUUUAUACAAGUUCAUACAGUUCAGUUUCCACUUUUCCUGAACAAAUUAUUAUUUUUGAAAUUUCACAUGCACACAUUCCCCAGAGCUUUAUUCCCACUCUAAUGUUUGCUGGACUAUGAUUCAUUUAUUGAUUAUUAUGAAUAGCAGGAAAAUAUCUGACUGUUACUACAGAAUGAAAUACCGUCUUGUCAGUAAAUUCUGGUUGGAUUGGAACUUCCCCAUGGAUAAUUUUUCCAUGUAAUUUCUAUUUCAUAUAGUGUUUAUUUUUUUGUGGAUAAGGUUUAUAAUCAAUGUUUUGGAGCCAAUUGAAUAAUUUACAAAGUAGCUGGCAGUGGGCCUUUCCCACUGACAGACUUGCACAGAUUGAGAUAAUAAAAAGCUAAAAAAAUGCUCGAUUAAUUUAGGAAAUCGGCAUUUAAAGAAAGAUUGUUCUGAAAUUUUAGGGCCAUUAUACCCCACAGAUCUGUUUCACCAGUGUUCCUGUCUUUUAUAAAUACAGAUUUGCAGUUUUUUCCUUUUAUUUUUCAAACAUUAGGGAUUAUUAUAGUGAAUUUUCAUGAUAUUUACUGCAGAAUUGAAGAAAAAUAUGCCAGUGGUUUUCUAUUAAAAUUAUUUCAAAUUCUGCCGGCAUAUUUUCCAGCUUUGUAUUUAUUUGUUUCCAUAAGAUUGUAACAAUGCCUAUGUGACAAAACACGCACAGUUUCUCUAAUUUAUUAUUUAACUCUGAAGCAAAGAUCGGCAUUUUUAACUAUUUAAAAAUGCACCAAUCUGCUUGAAACAAACACCCAAAUUCUUAUUUUGCAACAACAUUAGUGUUCUAUUCAGCCUGUUAUUUCCGUUUUCUUGUACAAAUAAACCACAGCUUAGUGGUACCUCUUUUCACUUCCCUGCUUUUAUUCCAUACAUUUUUAUUCCUACACAUGGGCCAAGUUUUUAAGGUGGGUGGAGGGUAGAAAUUCCCCACUUCCCUUUCACUUCUUUUUGAAAAUUAGUUCCUGAUUUCACUUGCAACUAAAAUUGGUGGUGCAGUUGGGUCCUAUCCCCAAAGUGUUCUGUAGAAAUGCCUGGCUCUGCUACUGCUUUCCUGGUACCAUGGAUGUGGGACUACAAUAAAUAAAGAUAGUCUGUAAUCCUAACUUGUCGGACCAUCAGCGUUUGAGGAAUAGCAAUUCAGGGAGCUUUUUUUUUGGGAGUUAUCAUAUUCCCUUUGAUCAGCAGGUGAAUUACAGAUGUUGCAGCACUAGAUGAGAUGUUGUGGUCCAUUUUCUUGGGAGAGAAACCCUGGAGUGUGAAGAACUAAUAUGAUGAAAAACCGGUUUAUUCAUUUAAUUUGUCUUGCAAAGGCAGUGAAGAGAACACUGAUGGCUUCUGCCCAUGGAAAGGUGCAAGCAUGCCUGGCCCACAAUAUAUAUUCUUCAUGGGAGACCAAAGUGAAUUCCUAAUGGUGCUUGGAUGAGGGAUUUCAGUGAAGAGACCCCGGAAUCUUACAAAUCAUGCCUGGAUAAUUUCUUACAUUAGAAUAGUAAUGACCUUUAACCCUCCUCUUCCGCCAUUACUUGACCCAACCACCCCCUCCCCAUGGCAUAAAAUCUUGGUUGUUUUCCAACCUGAUGGCAUGAAUAUCAAUCUCUCCUUUUAAUAAAGCAUUUUCCCCCUUCCUCUAUUCCCCACUCUGAUCUUUUACCUCCUCUCACCUUAUCUAUUACAUCCCCCUAACUCCCCCCUUCCCUUUCACCUAUUGUCAACUCUCGUUUCCUAUCAGAUUCCUCCUUCUCCAGCCCUUUUUCCACCCCUGGCUUCACCUAUCACUUUACAGCUAUCCACUUCCUCUGCCCCCCCCCCCCUUUUUACUCUGGCAUCUUCCCCCUUCCUUCUUAGUCCAGAAGAAGGGUCUCGGCCCAAAACACCAACUGCUUAUUCAUUUCCAUAGAUGCUGCCUGACCUGCCGAGUUCCUCCAGCAUUUUGUGUGUGCUGCUGCGAUAAACAUUUGUAUGUUGUAAUUAAUUUCAUUUGAAUAAAUAAUGAAUGUAGCUUGCUGUGGAGCACUUCUGUAAUAGUUAAUUCUGUUUUGCAAUCAAAAUUGAUAAAGUGUAAUGUUCUUGUGUCAGGUUUUUACAUCAUGUGAUGAUAUUAAUAUUGCUCAUACACAGUUGGGAUCAUUUAGUUUUCCCAGGCCGUUCUGUUUUUUCAGUGUACACUUCAUCCUGCUUGGCUGAAGUCUGCUGCUGCAAGUAAAAUGUAAUAAUUUACAUCACAAACGCACGUUUUUGAACAUAUUCUAAUAUUUGGCACAAGAACUCUUUAUGCAAAUGGUUUUGAUGAGGAUGAAUUUUACAUUUUUUAAGUUCACUGUAUAUGUCCCACAGGAAGUUGGCUUUAGCAUUCUCAAAAAAUGCACCACUGAUGUUUUUUCAUGGAUUUGUCUGUUAUAUCAUGACACAAAUUAAAUACAACAAUUAUCUGUGUUGGUUAAUGUAGACCUCUGGCAAUGAAUUUGUGACUGUCUAGUAAUAUCCCUGGUGGUGUGCAUUUGUGUGAUGAUCUCAUUAGAUUCAUCUAUACCUCUGCCAGUAAUCAGCAUGCGUAAUCAUAGUUGUUUCCAAUAAUGAUCAAGCUUGUGGGGUUUUUGGGCAACUGGUCCAUUAUGCACACUCAGCCUUUCAAAUGAUGGGUAGAAUCACAUCACAAGUAAUUUGUGAUUUUUAUAGACCAUCUGGAGUAAAAUAAGGUUUUCAAAAAUAUUGCUGGAUUUUGAAUCAUUAAAUAAAAUGAUUAUAUUUAAAGCCUUUUAUUUCCAGUAGGCAUUAACCUUUUUCUGAUAUAUAUGUCCAUUACAACCAGCUCUAUUAGGGCAAUGUGUUGGCCAUCUGUAUACUAAGGUACAAAGUGAAUGAUUUUAAACUUCAGAUGAUUGAAUCACAGUAAAUCUUUUACAAUGGAACUGCUAACGCAACAAUGAAUCCUGAAAACUUGUGUUGUA